GAAAAAAUAAAUGCGAUUUAGUGGGCCAUAGCGCAGAAAGCGCAAAAAGAAAGGGAGGGUUUGAGUAUCGUUUCAUUCUUCGCACUCCGAGACUCUGAAAACAACUAAAAUUUCGCUCGACGAAAUCUUGCGAACUUUUACGUGAAGAAACGUACAAGGUAGAUGACCGGGAAAUGACCGGGAAAUGACCGAGGCCUGGGGAAGAGUAACUCCAAUAUUGGUCCCAUUCCUUCUCAACCUGAUCGGACGCGGGACAGCCCACAAUGCACUUUGAUGCUCCUUGUACAUGUUCACCGCGUAAAACAAACAGAAUUUUGUUGUCAAACUGAUUUCUAAACGCCAUUUCUAGGUAUUAAGCGAACCGUUUGCCGUGUCUUCCACAUCUGAACAAUGGCAGCAUCAUAUAGAAAAGGAGCUCUUUCAACAGGACAAAGGAAAAAGACAGGUCCAAAACCAGAGUUAACAGAAGAACAGAAACAAGAAAUUAGAGAAGCAUUUGAUUUGUUUGAUACUGAUGGUUCAGGGACAAUCGAUGCAAAAGAACUGAAGGUGGCUAUGAGAGCACUGGGGUUUGAACCAAAGAAAGAAGAAAUCAAGAAAAUGAUCUCAGAUAUUGACAAAGAUGGAUCAGGUACAAUCGAUUUUAAUGAGUUUCUUCAAAUGAUGACAGCAAAAAUGAGUGAAAAGGAUUCAAAAGAGGAAAUUCUCAAAGCAUUCAAGUUAUUUGACGAUGAUAACACGGGAAAAAUUUCAUUUAAAAAUCUUAAGAGAGUUGCCAAAGAACUUGGUGAAAAUUUAACAGACGAAGAAUUACAGGAAAUGAUUGAUGAAGCCGACAGAGAUGGUGAUGGCGAAAUAAAUGAAGCUGAAUUCCUUCGUAUCAUGAAGAAGACGAGCUUAUAUUAAACCACUGUCCAGUAGGCAGAGGAUGUAAAAACGAUUUUUUUGAGUGUACAGAGCGUUAUCUCUCCAUGCAAAGAACUUAAUCACCAUCAAGAUGCGACAUCAGUGAUCUUAUCGAAAUAUGUUGACCAUCAAUCUUGUAGAUUUCUCAUAUCAUUGUUGUAAUGUAGGCCUUUUGGAGCCUGUUGGCUUGUAACGCAAGCUUGUGGCACAGCAAUUUUGUGUUGACUUGCGUGACAGCCCAAAUGGUUGCAAACAAACCACAGGCUAUUGUUGAUCGGAAGCUUAAUUUAUUUUGUGCAAUCAUCUUCGCGAAGCACUCUCCCCAUUAGCUAUUUAAACACAUGGAUAUGUACAGUUGACUUGUACAGCUCACCAGUCUGUCAUUUAGAGACAUUUUUAGCCUCCUCAGGUGAAGGCUGGGUUGUCUGGCAGUGCAGAAAUCAAUAAACUCACUGGGACUGAU